AUGACGGCCGUCAAAUGCCGCCCUCCUCCCGUAUCUCUCCCGUCUCCUCCUUUGACGCCCGGCACCGAGUACCCGCUCAACAAGCUCGACGCCCUCCCGCCUCUCGACGUCUUCAUCAAGUCCAUUGUGCGCAAGUCGCGGUGUCACGUCCCGACGCUCCUGUGCACGCUCGUCUACCUCGAGCGCCUGCGCGAGCGCCUCCCGACCCACGCCCGAGGGUGCCACACGACCCGGCAUCGCGUCUUCCUCGCCGUCCUCAUCGUCGCCGCCAAGUACCUGAACGACUCGUCGCCGCAGAACAAGCACUGGGUCCGCUACAGCGUCUUCUUCACGGCCGCCGAGGUCAACCUCAUGGAGCGACAACUCCUCACGAUCCUCAACUUCGACCUGAGCUUCACCGAGGACGAGCUCAUCUGCCUCCUCGGCCCGCUCCUGCAACCCGUC